GUGUUUGUACAUGAGAAAUUUUAGGUUUCAACCAGAAACCCAUAUAAAUGCAGUUGAAUUAAUCUCUGAUUCUAAUCUUUUUUAAUAUUUAUUUUCAUUCUUCUCAAUAAUGAAAUUAUUUACAAUCGUUUUGAUAUUAAAAUUAAUUUUACAAAACGCAAGUUUAACUGUUGGGAAGUAUCAGAAAAGAGAGGAAAACUUUAUAAUAGACAGAAAUAAGAAAAUACGGUUAGUGAAUCUAACGUCAAUAGGGAAAAUGUCACAAAGCCAGUGUGCAAACGUCUGUUUGCAAAACAGUGACAACUGCUGUGAGAUAACUUAUGCUACAUCGACUCGAGAGUGUAAACUCGGACAGUCUGGUUGUUGUCAUACGGUUUUUGAUGACGAGUCUGGUUCAAACCUCCUACACACCAGACGCAAAUAUGGCGAAUAUACUAAGAUAUUGUUUGUUUCGAAUGGCGGAGUUUUGGGUGAAUGGGCAGAUGAAGAGUUUUGUACAAAAGGUCAUUACGCAAUUGGUUACAAAAUGAAGAUUGAACGGCCGCAUGAAACAGAUAAUACCGAAGUAAACUCUAUUGAAAUAAUAUGUGGCAGUAGAGGAGGUGAUCGCUGUGGAGAUAAAGCAAGUUCUGGUCAGCAGAAAUGGGGAGAUUGGACUGGGGAAGCACUUUGUCCAGCUAACACCUUUAUGACCUCUUUCUCUCUUCAAGUACAGGAAAACAAUGACGAAAGUAGGGAUAAUACGGGUGCCAACCAUGUCAAAUUCAAAUGCAGAAAUUUCAAGGACAAUGGCAACUUCGACCUAAGCUAUCCACCUGGGUAUGGACCAUAUGGCUCUUACGGCAAGUGGAGUGACGCCUGUCCAGUGAACAGUGCCAUUUGUGGUAUAAAAACCAAGAUCCAUCCAGACCAAGGAGUAGGAGUCGACGAUACCGCACUAAAUGAUGUUAAAUUCUUUUGUUGUGAUUAAGCGCUACUGUCACUUU